AUCACACUUCCUGUUUCUACAUAAAUCUUCACUCUGUUGACUUCAUGCUGACUCAUGAGUGUUACAAUCUGCCCUCGAGAGGAACCAUUGUGUCGAGACUGCACACUUUGGGGACCAGAGGGCUCAGCAGUGCACCAAGCUUGUGCAAGUAAGGAACGUCGCUCUCACCGGAGACCACUGGACUUCGGUGAACAACGAUAAUUACUUGGGGGUCACGGCGCAUUUUAUUGAUAACGACUGGACUAUGCAAUCAUUUGCACUAACAGUGAGUAAAACUGAAGAGAGACACUAUGCUGAGGCGUGUGCCGACCAUUUUCUGAAUGUUGCAAACGAAUGGGAAAUCAAGGACAAGGUAACCACGCUUGGCACCGACAGUGCUCGUAACAUGGUUGCAGCCGCCAGACUACUUCCAUUUGAACACAUGCCCUGCAUGGCCCACAUUCUGCAGAGUGCGAUCACAGUUUCUCUUAAUGACAACGCAUUUGAAAGCGCUCUGGCCAAAUGUCGCAAGAUUGUUGGACAUUUUAAGCAUAGUCCAGCAAACGCUCAGGAAUUAAAGGCACAGCAACCUGCACAUGGACAUCAAACAGAACCGCUUGAUCAGGACGUUCCAACAAGAUGGAACUCCACCCUAGAGAUGAUCAAGCGGAUCCAGAGAAACAAAUCUGUGCUCACCACCAUCCUGACUCAGCAAAACAGCAAGGUGACCAUGCUGACUGACCAGGAGCUUGACAGACUGCAAAAGCUGGAGGAACUACUUGAACCUUGCAGAUAUGUUACCGAACUGCUGGGGGGGGAGAGCGCUAUGUCUCCUGUUCCAUGGUGUUGCCAGCCUUGUGUCAUUUGUUCUGGGUCAUGGAGCCCUUGGAUGAUGACCCAGUCUACGUUGUGAGGUUUAAGAUAGUUUUUACCACAGACCUAGCUCAGCGGAGGGCCAGCAGCAAUCUCACCUGGCUGAAGAUCGCUACUGCCCUUGAUCCCAGGUUUAAAGACCUUAAAUGCCUUUCCAAAGAUGAAAGAAGAGAGGUGUGGGCAUCAGUACAUGACCUUCUGAUGGCAGAGACGGAUGCACACCAACCAUCUGCUCAGACAACAGAGGAACCCUCACCAAAGAAGAGCAAGAUGUCCAUCUCCUUGCUGGGUUCUCCUGAUUCAGAUACAGAGGAAGAGGAAGAUGCUAUAGACUGCUGUCUGAAUCUGUACAAAGCAGAGCCCAAAAUUGACACAGGAGAGUGUCCACUACAGUGGUGGUUAAAGAGAGAAGGAGCACAUGCCAGGCUGGCACCUAUUGCACGUAAGUACCUGUCAACCCCUGCAACCACAGUGCCUUGUGAGAGAUUAUUCUCACUCUCAGGUCACAUCAUUCAAAAGAAGCGUGCUUCUUUGUCAUCAGACAAUGUAAACAGAAUAGUCUGCCUCAGUAACUGGCUGAGUGCACAGAAGGACUAAGCCAGAUUGCUCCUUUGAAGUGAAAAAUGUUCAACAUUCCAGGUUUUCAGCUGUGUCUUUUUGUGUUUUAAAUACUGAGUUUUGUGCACCCUUUAUCGUUAUGAUAUUCACUUUAACCUGUAGGCCUGGGUUCGGUCACUGUUGAUGGCCUUAAAGGUGUUUUGUAAGUUUUCACUGUGUUAAAGAUUGAUGACAACUAUUAAAAUUCUCUUUGAAUUUCA